CCCAGCCGGAGGAGUAUAGAUGCUGGACGCAAGCGAUGGAACGAUGGCGGCGGCCAUAGUACAGAUGUCAUGUUUGUACCGAGGGAUGUUAGCGGUCAGGGCCACCGGCAUCAGAACGCUUAUCCCCGGGCUGGUCCCGUUGCAAUUCCGGGCCUUCUCGGUUCGGAAGGAACCGGAACUGGAGGAGAACCCGUACUUCAGCAAGUACCAGGACAAAAUCCAGAAGCUUCGCAGCGCCAAGCCGCAGGAGUACAAAGCCCGAGUUGAGAACCGGCACAAGGCCAAGAAGGGUGUGUUGGGACACUCGAAACAGGCAGAGUUUGUCAGACUCAUGGAGCAGGAGUUGGAUCAAAAGGAAAAGAUGGCAGCCAGUGAUGGAGAAUCAGGAGGAUUCACAAAGAACAAGACACUGGACUCCAUCCUGGACCUGGACAAGAUCAGGGACAAGACAGGCGAGGAGAUCGCUGAGCUUUGGAUGAAUUAUUAUUCGACCAAAGACACCAUCAGCGCUGUCAUCCCGACGCCGAUGUACGAGCUGAUUUUGAGCAGAUCAAAGUCGUGCCAGAUGUUUCUCUACGCUUUGCCUCAGAAGGAGGGUUACGAGUUCUUCUUGGGUCAGUGGUCGGGACACGAGCUCCACUUCACCUCCCUCAUCAACGUCCAGAUGCAUGGCGAGAACGCUCCCAGUCAGCUGAUCCUCUACCACUACGCAGACCUCAAGGACCAGAAGGGGGUGGUCCUGAUGACAGCUGAGCUGGACCCCAAGAAUAUUACCGUGCACCAGGCUCAGUGCUUGGCGAAUCAGGUGCAGCUGUUCUAUGGCACGCAAAGGAAGGAGACUUACCGAUUGGUAGAGACAUUUAACCAGCACCCGGCAGACUUCAAACACAUGUUGGUGAUAGCGGAGCUGGAACAGAGCGGCUUGGGGUCCGCGGCGGCCCCCGGGGGAUCGUAAGGAGACCGACCAGCGCUCCUACAGUCGGGUCCCCAGCAAUGGUUGGUGGUCUUUGAAAAUGACGGAGUGAAAUGUGCAUCUUUGCUCAGCGCUUCCCACGUGCAUACACCUGAUCUUCAUACCGGAGAGGCUAUGAUAAUGUUAGAGACCAUCAGUACCUCGUGAACUCUGCCUGGGACUUAAUAAUCUUAUUUCAUUGUGUAUACAUUUGUUGUUGCAGGGUAAUGACGAGGUAUUGAUCAGUUCUAUGAUAAAUAAAUCCCACUGUUUCCGACCCUCGUGUUAGACUGGACUAGAAGGAUUUUAUUUGCAUAGCAGCUACCCGAGAAAACCCAUUGGCCGUUGCAAUCAAUCAUCUGCCAAAUCUUUGAAUCCAUCACACUUUUUAUUCUCGUGCUGGUAAAUAAGAUUUUGUACUGUCCAGUAGAAAUAUUUGCUUGUUAUGAAGUAAGUAAGCAAACCAAUAUUCUCUUAAAACAGAGCAUGCACAUCCAUUUGAAUUCUCAGUUCUACUAAUUGUACUCGUCACCACAUCAACGCCUGAAAUGUGCUCGUCAUCUUUCUUCUCACUCUAUCCCAAACGUCUCUGUUGCCGAUGCUUCUGUGUACACAUCUCUACAGAUUUGGUAUCCGCAGUGUCUCAAGUUUUAAUCCAAGCAGGGACAGAUGGUGCCGUUUGACCCCGUUUGAUGUACCUUGGAGUUCACCUCUAAAACUUAGAAGGUUGUUCUUGAUUAAUUGUACUAAUAUGUGCUGUAGUCACAGGAACAUCAAGCUGCUUAGAGAUGGUCUAAUAGCUAAAAGCUUUGUGUGGAACACAGUACACACCUUAGUCGCGUCCCUUUUCUACCAUCAUUUUUGUCCAGGCCAUUCUUAAUUAAUGAUUCUGUUCCAAAGCAAUGUCUGAUUUCCAUUGGUUAAUUUUCAGUCAAUUUGAAUUUACUAUUACUUUAGUCCGUUUCAAGUUAUUUCAGUGACCUUUGUGGGUUUUUAUUUUAACUGAAGCAACUAUUUUGUCCACGUGUGUAUUUGCAAACACAGUAGUAUCGGAAAUAUAGCUGUCACCUUUAUAAAUGA